AUGGGAGGUCUCGACGUUGCAGGUGUGAUCGGUACCUGGGUAGCAGCUGGGCUUGCACUGAUUGCACUGCUCGGUAUCGUGGGGCCGAUUUUGAUUUGGCGCGCAUCCAGAACUGAGAGACAAAAAGCGAUUGUUGCAAUUGGCCUACACAACUAUGGCUAUGUUUCCAAGGGAAUUCCGGUUUGGCCUGGCGUGCGAUUGAUGCAGAGAGUCCGGGCACCUCGGAUUCAUGUUGCGAGGACAUUCAAGACUGACGAGUGGAAGAGUUUCGACACGAAUAGAAUGUCAAUCGUUGGUGCUAAAGCUCCGGAUUCUACUGCGUCUUGGGUGGAAUUCGGUGCUUUUCUUGGUGGCUAUGGUGUCAAGUUCGAAACAGAUAGUAAUAUAACCGUCAGCAACGCGGCUGCCUAUCUUCCUGUUAGCAAAACAUUUUUGGCGAUUUUCGCGCUCAUGGGUCGCUUCUCUGAUGAACCAGACAGACGACGCAAGGUCAGAGGAAGCGGAGUCCGAACGUGGGAUCGACGGGUAUCGAGGAGACUUUCGACUAACGAGAUUGAAAUUUCCGUACUGAACGGACAGGGACGACUCCCUGCUGGUGUAGCUGUUCGUCAAGAACGAGUAAUUCAUGGUCUGACUGGGUCUCUGUAUUUCAAGAGCCCUGAGCACGAACCUGUUGCAGGGGAUAUCGUCAAAUCUUCAUGGUCGGUAGCCUUUGUUGGGGAGUCACUCCUUGAACCUCUUCAAAUUGCACCGGACUCUCUUGGCCUUGAAACUAUUGGUAUGCUGUGCCUCGGUUUCUUACCGUUCAAUAAAGACUGUUUCGUGAACGUACUUGAUCCUUUAUCCGAUGACGACAAUCGGAGCGAGAAUAGUACAGAUUCUGAUAGUGAUCGGGUUGCAAGAGGGUUCAGAGUGAGGCGGCACUCAGAGAGAACCAGGGUACGUGAUGCUUUCGAUGUUGAGGCUCCUAAAAGAAGAGCAAGACUAGGAUCGGUGCUUCGAUUCAAAUCCAAUAGUAACGAGCCAGAGGUCAACGUCGUCGCGUACGAAUUAUUGGCAAUUACUGUGACUGAAGCUGAAAUUCUCAAGGGUCUUCCUAGACAAGAGAAUACGAAAUGUCUUGCCCUCUACGAGAUGACACUAGAUGCAAAGACACGAUCUGAGCUCCGUGACCUGGACGAUCAAAGUUACAUACCGGCUUCAGAACCUUGGCUUCGUCUGAAAAGAAGUCUGCCAAAAUACAUGGGACCUUGUGUUGUGCACUUCAUCAAACGAGCAGAUGCUCAGAUGAUAGCGAAAGGGUUACUUGAGAUUAUUUGGCACCAAGAAGGAUAUUUAAUCCCAGGCUUAGGUAACCACGACGAAUGGGCGAAAGUGUUGGAAUUGCUCUGCUCCAUUUCGGAGCGUACACGUCCGUUCCUGAUUCGACUCAAAGAGGGGGUGUCGGCCUUGGACAUGAGCUCCAGGGAUGAACAAGGCUUUUUAGCUGUAGCUGAGCCAGUCAUUCGUCGAGCAAUCUCUACACCUACAAGACGUUCAUUGCUGGAGGUUUUGUUUGAUCUCGAUGAAUUUCUCAAACCACUACAGCACGACCGACCCGAGGUCCAACAAAUGGUGGGCAUUUUAAUGUUGACGAACAAAGAAUUCACCGAGCUAGUUUAUCAAUCUGCUCGACAUAUGACCCAUUCCUCUCAAGUUCGGAUUGAGCUCGACUUACGCGCUGGCACUAUGGUAAUCCCAAGUACAUUUGGGACUACACAGACUUUCGAGCUGGAUAUGGAAGUUUUAUAUGGAGACAAUCUUCAGUUGGGUGCUUUGGGAAAGAUUUCGGCUAAGCAUUCAGACAUCCUCAAAGCAGCUUUGAGAGCUUAUGUGAGGAGUCUUAUGCUGGCGAGUUGUUAUGAUGCGGAGCCUUUGACUGAGUGUUUGGAGAGUAUCACGUCGGAUACGCUCUACAUGGCUUGA